AUGGUUGUGAUGCUAUCAACUUCUCAAAAUACGAAAGGUAAUAAUGAUGGUGUGCUUGCUCCAGUGUCGGACAAAGGGAUGCUGCCAAAUCCAGUGACUUGUGUCUCAGACGCAAGGAAAAUUCCGGAUUGUGUAGAGGCAGUGAAGCAUUUCCGUUUCAAAAGUGUCACAAAGGAAUGUUGCAUCGUUCUACUCGGUAUUCCAGAAGAUUGUUUUGGGAUUUUGUUUCCUAUGCGUUUCGUCUAUCGUGCUAUGCUUAAGAUUACAUGCAAAAUAAUAGGCAUAGGUGGUUAA